AUGUCUUAUGGCGGAAUGCCAAGUGCCGAGCAGUACCAGCAUCAGGGACAAUAUUAUCAAGCUGAAAAGAAAAUCAACAAUGGAACGAUCAUUUCAACUUUGAACAGGAAAAAUAUUCUCCUGAAGAGCAGGAGGCGCAAGAAUGGGCGUCGCCAACUUUCAUCAUUCCAAAGAAGGACAGUAGGCUUCCGCGAACGGAGAAGCCGUCUGAAGGGAAGAGUCCAAAUAAGGCAAAAGAGACAGUACAAGAUCAAUGAAAACUUGAAAAGAAUUUGA